AUAUAAUACUUUAGACGCUGCAAGCUACUUGUUUAAUGAUUUACGAAACUUACUUGUCGCAAUAUACACUUGUAUUCUGACUAUAGGAUUUUGUUGGAAAUUCUGUGGAAAUAUGAAGGUCAAGGUGUUAUUUGGCUUCCUGCUGCUAAAUGGGAUUGCCAUUCUUGAUGCUAAAGGGGAUGAAUCUGCCUGCAAUUACUUUCAAAAUUUAGAAGCUGGACGAAUAUAUUAUGUGUAUAAUUCUGAGUAUCCCAAUAAAUAUAACGGUGAAAAACAUUGCAUGUGGCAAACUAAAAGUCCUUAUGUUACUAAAAUAAAUUGCAGUGUUGAGAUACCAGCGUCUAAUGGUUGUGAACAAGAGAGUUUUUCUAUCGAAUUUACUGGAGGAAAUAUACAGAAUUGUGGUUUCAGUACAUUGGGUUUUGAAGGGAUAGAUCCGAUUAUAAAACUCAAUUCAUCUUCUUCUUCUCAAGGAGGUCGAUUUUUAUGUAAAAUUCAAGCAGAGAACCCGUUCGAUGAAAACAAUUGCAAAUGUGGUUGGAAAAAAGUAACCAGAAUAGUAGGCGGUACGGAAACUGGAGUAAAUGAAUAUCCUAUGAUGUGCGGACUCGUUGAUAUUAAUGAAAAAAUUAUAUAUUGUGGUUGUACUAUAAUAUCUGAACAAUAUGUAUUGACAGCAGCUCAUUGUAUUGAAAAUAAAGAUAUCACUAGAAUUGGCAUUCUUGUUGGUGAACACGAUGUAACUACAGGUGAGGAGACCAAUGCAACUAAGCUGUUUCUUGUGAAUAAGUGCAUAAUGCAUCCUUCUUACAAAGAAAAUAAACAAGACGAUAUAGCUGUUUGUAAAAUUAUUGGUACCAUAAAUUAUAGUGCUGAGGUUGGUCCAGUCUGUUUACCAUUUCAUCAUAAACAAGACACGUUCGAAGAUAAUGAUGUAGUUGCGUUGGGCUGGGGUUUGAAACAAUUUGGCGGCGCCAAAUCAACUACGCUACAAAAAGUAAACUUAACGGUAAUAAAUCUUACAAACUGCAAGGAUUAUUAUCAUGAAUUAACCAAUAGCGAUAUAUGUACUUAUAGUCCUGGAAAGGAUUCUUGCCAGAUGGAUAGUGGCGGACCUCUCUUAUGGCAAGAUCCUACCACACGUAAACUUGUAUUAGCUGGUAUAAUAUCUAAAGGUAUUGGUUGUGCUUCAGACGAACCUGCUGUUGAAAAACGUACAGGAGCCUACAUUGAUUGGAUACAGUCUAUAACAUCUGAUGUACAAUAUUGCAAGGUAGAAUGAGUUUUGCAUGACUAAAGAGAAGGAUUAAUUUGUAGAAUUAUGGAUCUAUGUUACAUGCUUUCUGCAUGUUACCAAUUUUUGCAAAUUAUGUAUUUUGAAAUGUAUUUAUAAAUAUUAAUAAUGUGU